UGCGCUAACUCUGUGCUCUCUAGCUCUCUCCUCAUCUCUCUGAGGCGCAGGAGCAGUAAAGCACUCCAUCUUUAUCCCAAGCCCAGGGAGAACCAGCCGAGACAUUUGAUGGGAACCAUGGGAAUCCCUCAAAUAACCUGCCCCAGAAGGAACCCCUAGCAUGUCUUCAUGAGCCACUCCUGGUUCCAUCUGUUGCCCCAGCCUCUCUCAAUCUGAUUCAGUGUCUAUGGCUCUGAAUGACCGAGAAAAAUAUGGAAAUCUCGUUGGUGUUCAGUAGUAAAACUAUGAAGGGUCUCAAAGGUUAGGAUUCACAGUGAGCUUGCCUCACAUCACACAGACCCCAGCCCAUACUUCAGCAAACUUUGAGAGUGAAAUUGUAGUGCACUACAAAGUCCUCUUUAUUGGAAGACAAAGAUGCCAUGUACUCUGAAGUCUCUGGUUGAUGUGUGAUAUGCUCUAAGGUGUUGUGUACUAAACCAACAAGAACAAUGAAUGGAGGAAAGGACUGUAAGGGAGGGGUCUCAGAGGGGGUGGGGCAUACAGCCCCUGUCCAGGUCCCUAUUGGCUGGCAUCGCAAGGUGGAUCCAACUAAUGGAGUCCUCUACAUCAGUCCCAGUGGCUCGGUGCUGUCCUGUCUAGACCAGGUGAAGAGCUACCUGCUCACAGACGGGACCUGCAAGUGUGGCCUGGAGUGCCCACUCAUCCUCCCAAAGGUGUUUAACUUUGAUCCGGGGGCUGCCGUUAAACAGAGGACGGCAGAGGACGUGAGGGCAGAUGAAGACGUCACCAAGCUGUGUAUCCAUAAGAGAAAGCUGCUGGCUGUGGCCACUCUACACAAAACUAUGGCGCUACCACACCCUGCUCUGACCCUUACCAGUCCUGGUGGAGGUACAAGUUCAACAUCAAUGGCCCCGUCACAUUCCACGAAUCCCCGAGCAAUACGGAAUAAAUCUCACCAGUCACCGCUACCCAACUCUGUGGUUCCCAACUGCAAGAACCCUUUCAAAAUGAUGAUGGCGGCUGCAGCAGGUCACCGGCACUUUCCCCAAGAGCUGGGAGGUCCACCCCAGCAGCUGGAGCUUUACCCUGGUUAUCCCAACAGACAACAGAGACUGAGCGGUGAGCCUGGGCCCAGGUCUUCGUACUGCUCUGGCUAUGGUAGCAUGCUGAGUCCAGGGGGCCCCGGCUCCCAGCUCUAUGGGCCCAGGGACGGGUCACCACUCUCCCCUAGCCUCAGGUCUGAUCCUCUGGGGAGCUCAGAUGGGUUUAGAAACAACCCCUGUGGCUUCCCUGGAGCCACCAGCUCCAGCCCCAUCCACGGGGCCAACAGAACGCCUCUCUCUCCACCAGGGAUGCUCCUCCACAGUUCUCCGACUGGGACCCAGACGUUCUGCGCUAUGGCAGGAAGGACUAGCACACCCCUCUCCCCUACCGCCACUGCCAAAAGCCCAGUCAUGAUGAAGAAGCCUGUGUGUAACUUCCCCAGAUCCCCCAGUAUGGAUAUUUCCAUACGACCACCGUUUCACCUCAAUACACAGCCCAGCGCCCCACACCCUGGCCCCCCGUCUGCCAUACCUCCCUCCUGUACCCUCCAGAAAAAGCAGUUGACCUCUGAAAAGGACCCGUUAGGCAUCCUAGACCCCAUCCCCAGCAAGCCUAGCAUCAGUAUCAGCCAGACAAACUCCAAAACCAACUCCAACUUCCACCCUAGUGUCCACUCCUCUCAGGUACCAAUGAUGAAUGUAAACAUGAACAACCACCCUCCUCCCGCCAUUGUACCCUUGCCAAGCAACCUCCCCCUCCCCACUGUCAAACCCGGCCCAGUGGGCCACAGCCAUGGAGGUCACAUGCAGAGGACUCAACAUCAGACCUCCAUAACCACCUCCAUGUCCCCCUCUCCUGUCACCUCCCCAGUCCACAUGUCAGGCCCUGUCCUGGGCAGCAGGAUGGAGGCCUCUCCCCAGCGCUCUCGCUCCUCCUCCACCUCCUCGGACCAUGGGAGCUUUGCCAUGCCCUCAGGCCCCAGUCAGGGUCCGUGUGGCGGGAUAAAGGCUCCUCCUCGCUCCCCCGGCCCGCCAUGCCCAAACAUGCCUUCCAGCCCCUCCUCUGCCAAGCCUGACUCACACCCACUCCACCAGUACAAAGACCUACCCAGUCAGCUGCUGGUUGAAAUGAGUAACCAGAACGCUAUCAACACCCAGCACAACAACCCCGGCAUGUACCCCCCUGCCACCUCCUCUGGCCCCUCCAUCGCUGCUCCUCACCAGGCCCAGAACCAGAAGGGACAGAACCACCCAGGACUGUUAGGGAUGCCCCUCAACCAGAUCGUGAACCAGCAGAAUGCUGCUUCCUUCCCCGCCAGCAGCCUACUGUCAGCAGCAGCCAAAGCACAGCUAGCAAAUCAAAACAAACACGGUGACAACAGCAGUGAGACUGGCAGUAGAGGUGGAGGCCCAGGUAGGGUUGAUGGUAAUGGUGGUAGUAGUGGAGUUGGGCAUCCCAGUGGCCCUCUCAGUGGCAUAGAGAGGCCCAGUAGCAGCACUUUAAACCCCAUGCUUACCCCUAACCCCACCAUGCCCUCCACUGCGGAAGCAGCAGCAGCAGGGGGCCAGAGCGGUCGGGCUGCCCUCCGGGACAAGCUCAUGGCCCAGCAGAGAGACAGAGGAGACCCCCUGCUCUGGAAGCGCAAGCAGCAGCCGCCAGGCCCACCACCGCCCAACAACCCCCUCAACCACCACGACAGCAUGGUCUUCAACAUGCUCAACAAGUCUCCUAACAUGGGUGGAGGUCCAGGUCCCAGGCUACCACUACCAAGCUCAGCAGAACAACUGAGGAAAGUGGCCCGGCUUGGGGGCCUACAGACCAACACCUCCAUGGCCCAGCUGCUUCAGUCCAUGAGCAACCACAACAACCACCAUAACCAGCACCAAGGCCCUGUAGGCCCCCCAGGACCUGGUCAGAUGCACUACAGCGAUGUGGCUGGGGUCAUGCCUCCUGGAGCCUCCCAGCAGCAGAACCUACUGGCCCAACAGAGGAUGCUAGGCCAAGGGGAGGGUCAAGGUAUGUACUGCCGGAGUAUGGACUCUGGAGGCCCUCAUUCUCACAGCCCUCGGUUCCCAGGGUUGAUGAACCAGAUCCAGGCCAAUUCGUUGGUGAACUGUGGCCCUCUGGGGCCCGGUGGACAAGUGGGCCUUGGCCCAGGGAACAUGCCCCUGAGCCAUCAUCCUAACACUAACCCACCACCACUGUCCCACCCAAGUCAACAUCCACAUCAGCAGCAGCACAGUCACCUUCACGCUGCGCUGGGAAGGACUAGUAUGUCAGGAAUGACACUCGGCAACAAUGAUGGGAGUUGUGGUCCAAUCAUCUCUGAGCCAGGUGAGCCACUGAGAGAAACGCACACUUUGUUCGAUGAUGGCGCUUUGCUCUGUGAUGGUGUGUGAGUUUGAUAAAUCCACCUAGAUGGCCUUUGAGUUGAACGACAGUCUUUAGUCUCUCGUAGAGAGUGUACGUUGAGAGACUGGCCCUCAUGUUUGUAUAAU